AUGAGUUUCGGACCAAAAGGACACGUCAACGACUCGCCAUGGAGAUUGUCUCAUUCUGCAUCUGCAACGCCAGGACAGUCUUCAACGCCACGCCCUUCUCAAAGCUGUAGGGCGCAUUACCUUGCAGCAAACAAAGUUAAGAAAGACGGGAGACAGCUGAGAGAUGGCAUACUCAUCAAUCAUGGUGGAAAGGUUCCAUCACGAAAUGUUGAAGGCGCUGGAUGCAUCGUACAUCCAUCUAUUAUACAUCUUGUCGAUUCGCAUGAGAUCCUAUCACCUCGCCUGGCUAUCCUUCGACUCCGUCCUCUACAUCAGAAAGCAUUACUACCAUCAACUGCUAUUCUCCAACAACAGCAGCUGAUUACUAGGAAUUUGAUGCAUUCAAUGAGGAUUUGGAGGAGAUAA